UUCAGGAGGAGAGUCAGUGAUGAAGAGCUGUGCAGCAGAAUCAUCUCACACAUCAAGACAUCCAGGAGCCUCCACAUCAUGUGUCUAAUCCCAGUCUUCUGCUGGAUCACUGCUACAGUUCUGGACCACAUGUUGACUACAGACCAGAGAGGAGAGCUGCCCAAGACCCUGAGUGACAUGUACUCACACUUCCUGUUGGUUCAGACAAAGAGGAAGAAGCAGAAGUACGGUGAGGGACAUGAGACGAGUCCACAGGAGCUGACCGAGGCUGACAGGAAAGUUCUUCUGAAGCUGGGGAGGCUGGCGUUUGAACAGCUGGAGAAAGGAAACAUCAUGUUCUACCAAGAAGACCUGGAGCGGUGUGGUCUGGAUGUCUCAGAGGCCUCAGUGUACUCAGGAGUUUGUACAGAGAUCUUCAAAAGAGAGUGUGUGAUCUUCCAGAAAACAGUCUACUGCUUUGUUCACCUGAGCAUUCAGGAGUUUCUGGCUGCAGUCUACAUGUUCCACUGUUACACAGACAGCAACACAGAGGUACUGAAGGACUUCCUGGGAAAAACAUAUGUUCAUUCAACCCUGGAUGACUUCCUGAUGGGAGCCAUGGAGAAAUCCCUUGAUAGUAGAAAUGGCCACCUGGACCUGUUUGUUCGUUUCCUUCAUGGCCUCUCUCUGAAGUCCAACCAGAAGCUCUUAGGAGGUCUGCUGGGUCAGACAGACAACAGUCCAGAAAUCAUCCAGAGAAUCAUCAAAAACCUGAAGGACAAGAAGACCCAAAUUUUUCCUGACAGAAGCAUCAACAUCUUCCACUGUCUGACGGAGAUGAACGAUCACUCGGUACAUCAGGAGAUCCAAGAGUUCCUGAAGUCAGAGAACAGAUCGGAGAAGGAACUCUCAGAGAUCCACUGCUCAGCUCUGGCCUACAUGCUGCAGAUGUCAGAGGAGGUUCUGGAUGAGUUUGACCUGAAGAAGUACAACGCUUCAAAGGAGGGACGACUGAGACUGAUGCCAGCUGUGAGGAACUGCAGAAAAGCUGUACUUUCUGGCUGUCGGACCUCAGAUACUCUCUGUGCAGUUGUGGCCUCAGCUCUGAAGUCCAACCCCUCCCAUCUGAGAGAGCUGGACCUGAGUGACACCUACCUGGAGGAUUCAGGAGUGAAACCGCUAUUCGCUGGACUGGAGAGUCCAAACUGUAGACUGGAGACUCUGAGAUUGUGGGACUGCAGGUUGUCAGAGAUCAGCUGUGCUUCUCUGGCCUCAGCUCUGAAGUCCAACCCCUCCCGUCUAAGAGAGCUGGAGCUGAGCCUCAACAACCUGAAGGAUUCAGGAGUGAAGCCGCUGUGUGGUUUUCUGGAGAGUCCACAUUGUAGACUGGAGACUCUGAGAGUGAGGGGCUGCAGUUUGUCAGCGAUCAGCAGUGCUUCUCUGGCCUCAGCUGUGAAGUCCAACCCCUCCCAUCUGAGAGAGCUGUUUCUGAAGCUGCCUCUACGCCUGUACGUCACAGCCAGGGCUGACGCCUCCAUAGAGGCCAACUAG